GGGAGAUGCUGAGCUCCGUGCCCGCAGCCCGGGGCCGCGGUAACCUUGUAGGCAGCCCUUGGAGCCUUGCGCGAGGCUCACCGCAUUGUCUGCACCCGCGCUGUGUUGCGCAGAGCUCGGGCAUGGCUGUAGCUUUGUGCUGGAAGGGCCGGGUGUGCGGUGCUGCUGGGUCUGGGUUCGGUGGCGAUGUGCAGGGCUCUACAGGAGAGGUUGGUUGGGUUCGGGGCUGGCUCCCGGGUUGCCUUUGUGUUUGCUUGUGGUGAUUCCCAAAGCAAGAUGAGCUCUGCACCAACUCUCAUGCCUACAGCUGGCUGCAUUUAGGGUUUCUUGCUAAGAUACCUCCUAGGGCUCUGCGGAUGUAUUCUCAUCAGUUUUGAUGUGCACAGCCGUGCUUCACCCCAACGGGCUUUGAACACUCCGUGGUUUGUGUGGGUUGUUGUCCUUCCCUUGAUGCAGGUAAGGGGCUGGGGGGGACCUGGAGCUGGCGCUGCAAGGUGGGCAAGCCCUGUAGAAGUGCUCACUAUGUGGAGAUACAGCAGACACCAUGUUUGUAUGCUGGGUGGUUUUGCUGGGGCCGGGCACCUUGCCAAAAAAGCAGCCAAGGUGCUGUAUUUGGAGGGGUUGCUGCCCAAAAUCCACCACAGUACAAUUAUUAUUGUCAGAACCCCCCACUGCACUGGGUACAGCUCCUCAGAGCAUGCGUCCUGCAGGGGAUUGGCCCUGCAACCACCUUGCAAAAGACUCUCCUGGAGGAGGCUGUGGCUCAGUGGGGUUCUGGAAAUGGCUUCUCGCAGCACCCACUCUAUCCCUAUCCCUUCCCCUGCUCCAGCUGCAUUAAUCUACAUAAUUAAGAUGAGGGAUGUUAAAGGUGCCUUCCCCUUCUGUUUGGUUCUGUUGCCCUUAGGUGUGCCUGCUCGUGGGGAUCAGAGGUUGGUCUCUGCUAUGCAGUGCGAUUGGAGCUGUGAUCUGCAGCCUUGGCUGCACUCAGGUGCAGAGCGCAUUCACGGUUUCUGGGAUGGGAGCAGGAAAAGGAGGUGCUCCAUGCUUGGCAGCCUUGAUUUAUGAUCUAGGCCGUCAUCCUGAAACAACCACAGCAAGGUGAAUCUGCUGGGGAGCGUGGCGAUAAAGAAAGGAGCAUGCAGGUGCUGGCUCCUGGGAGGACAGCAGGAAGGCUCAGCUGGGACAUGUGGGUAGUUUUGCCUUCUGCUAUGGGUUUAAUGGCAGGGUUUAGUAGAACUGUCCACAGAACCCCCGGGGCUGAGGGGUUCCUGCUCUCACCCCACUCCAUGCCGCUCUCCAGAGGUGCUCCACAGCCCUGCGAUGCCGUCAUCCCACAGGGAACACUUGCGAGUGCUCUUCUGCAUCUCGAUGCCCUCUGGGUUUUAAAACCUGUUUUUCAAGCUUUCAAUUUCUCCUCUGCAGGUACACCUGUCCUACUCGGUGCGGGGUGGGAAAGGAGGCACCUGAUGUGAUUACAUGCAGGCGUGGGGAAGGGAGGCGAAUGGCCUGAGAUCGCUCAUCAGAUAAGGGGCUAAAUGAGUGCUCGCAAUUUUCUCAAGCUUGCUUGUGGAAACCUGCGCAUGCGUUGCAAGCAAGAGACCUUGUGUUCAGGCUUUUCUCUGGAGAGUCUUGGGAUUCACUCUCGUAAUUGGCAGAGGAGUGAGUUCUGGAGAGCCUCUGUUCUGAGCCUGCUAACAACUGGGAAUGGGUCUUUUGGUGACCAGGACAAGACAACCCAAUCUGGUGUUGGAGUUGGCCCUCCAUUGGGAGAGUGGUUGGCCAGGUUCAGCACCAUGAGUAGGCAGCCUGGGCGCUAGCAGUGUGAGGAGCCCAGCACGGUGCUGCUCCACUCACACCUUGCUUCACUGCUCAUCCCUGUGGGGAGACGGGUGCUGGCAGCCCAUCCUGCCCUUCCACCCCGCUCUCCCUAGAGCGGACGGGCCCGUUAUGGCUGGAGACAGACUUCCACGCAAAGUGAUGGAUCCAAAGAAGCUGGCCAGCCUCCUGCGGAACGGAGCAGAGGGCACCCUGGUCAUCGAUAGUCGCUCCUUCGUUGAGUACAACUCCUGGCACGUCCUCAGCUCUGUCAACAUCUGCUGCUCUAAGUUGGUCAAGAGGCGGCUCCAGCAGGACAAGGUCUCUAUUACAGAACUCAUCCAGCCCACCUCCAAGAUGAAGGUGGAGGCAGAGGAGCACCAGGAUGUGGUGGUCUAUGACCAGAGCACACGGGAUGUGACCGGCUUGGCUGCUGACAGCUUUCUCUCCAUCCUCCUGGGCAAGCUGGACAGCUGUUUCCACAGUGUCUCCAUCCUCACAGGAGGCUUUGCCACCUUCUCAUCCUGUUUCCCGGGGCUCUGUGAGGGGAAGCCAGCUGCCAUCCUGCCAAUGAGCAUCUCCCAGCCGUGCUUGCCUGUGGCCAAUGUUGGCCCCACACGCAUCCUGCCACAUCUCUACCUGGGCUCCCAGAAGGAUGUCCUGAACAAGGAUUUGAUGACACAGAAUGGGAUAAGCUAUGUCCUCAACGCCAGCAACUCCUGUCCCAAGCCAGACUUCAUCUGUGAUAGUCACUUCAUGCGCAUUCCUGUCAAUGACAACUACUGUGAGAAGCUACUUCCCUGGUUGGAUAAAUCCAUUGAAUUUAUUGACAAAGCUAAGGUGUCCAGCUGCCAAGUGAUUGUGCACUGCUUGGCAGGGAUAUCCCGCUCUGCCACAAUCGCUAUUGCAUACAUCAUGAAGACCAUGGGCAUGUCAUCUGACGAUGCUUACAGGUUUGUUAAGGACCGUCGCCCAUCGAUCUCACCCAACUUCAACUUCCUGGGCCAGCUCCUGGAGUAUGAGAGGAGCCUAAAGCUCCUAAAGGCCCUGAAGGCCCAGGGCGACCGGGGUGAGGGAGAAGCUCCUCAGGACACAACCGAGGCAUCCGAGGCUGGCAGGCAUCCCACACCGUCUACCUCAGAGAAGGUUGAGGACGUACCAAGAAGCACAACCUCUGCACCCCCACCCAGUGACCCUGAAAGGCAAGGUGGGCCACCCAAAGUCUUGUCACCCACGGCACUGCAGCAGGGACUCAAUGGCUUGCACCUUUCCUCGGAGCGCAUCCAGGACACCAACCGCUUGAAACGCUCCUUCUCCCUGGACAUCAAGUCCGCCUACUCCCCCGGCCUGCGGCAGGACCCCCCAGGCCUACCCAGCACUGGGGAGGCCCCCAAGCUCUGCAAGUUGGACAGCCCAUCAGCUCCCAGUGGCCAGUUCUCCCCAGUGCCCGAUAGCCCUGACCGGCCCAGUGGGCCAGACCUCCUGCUGGAGGCCAAGGUGAGACAGCGACGCAAGCACAGGCACCAAGCUGGCUCACCAGCCCAUGGCCUCAGCCUCAAUAUCAGCUCUGCCCGCAAGAGCCCUGGGGCAGAGGACAGCCUCCAGCCAAGGCUCAGCCUGCCUGGCCCACCACAGGCCUCCAAUGGCUCCUGGGGGAACGUCCACCUCGAGUCCCCCAGCACCCCAUCCUCUGAGGGAGGAUGGUACUUCAGCACAGACUCAGCCAGUAGUGGUGGCAGUGGCACCGGCGGUGGGACGCUGUUCAGUGGCACCAGUCCAUACCCCCCAUUUAGUUGCAAUGGGAUGCCAGGAGGCUGCGAGAUCAGACUGAGGGACAAGCAGCGGGCUGAGGCCCGGGAUGGGAGGCACAGCUGGCAUGAGGAAGCCGGCGCAGAGAAGCAGUUCAAGAGGAGGAGCUGCCAGAUGGAGUUCGAGGAGACCAUGUCUGAGGGCAGGUCCCGGGAGGAGCUGGGCAAAAUAGGCAAACAGUCAAGCUUUUCUGGCAGCAUGGAGAUCAUCGAGGUGUCCUGACACCCAUCGUGGGUCAUUGGAGCAAAGGGGUGGGGGGAUAUUUAAGAUGGGGAGAGAUGCAGGGAGGGUGGGUGGGGAGUAUUUAUACCCGCGUGCGCAUUUUUGGGAGCACGCACAUCAAAAUGAAAGCAAAGAGGAACGAAUCCAGAGUCAGGAAACAUCACGGUGAAUGCUUAGUGUCCCUCCUCAUGCCCACUCUGGUUCUCCCACUCUAGCAGUCUCCAGCUCUUGGUGACAUCACCCUGGGCUUUUGCACAUGGAGCAGUGAUGGGAGAGCAGUCCUCAGAGCCCUGUACUCGAAUCCGGGGUGUAAAAUUUGAAAGGGAAGGGGCAGGAAUUACCAUUUGGGGUUGGGAGGGUGAGCAGAGCCUAUUCCUGCCUGGGGAGGGACGUGGCCCCGUGAGGACAGAGCACAGCAUCACUCUGUCAAGGUCAGGAAGAGGCAACCCACCUAUCCCUCCCCACACCCCAGUGCACUAAGCAUGUGCCCCCAUGUUUCUCUGGCUUGAGUAUCCUAAAGAUGCUGCACUAGAGCAGCCCUAUACAUAUAUAAAUAUAUAUUAUAUAUAAUAUAAAGAAAACACACACACACACAAAGGAAAAAAGGCAAAUGGUUUUACUGCGAUUUUUAUUGAGACGUAAAUAAUAUUUCAAUUUUUUGUUUUGUUUUUAAUUUAUUGAAGCUGUUUCAUUCUGGCAAUGAUUUGCAGACAAUGUGGGGCGGUACUUUCAGCUCUAUUUUUACUGUGUAUGGUAUUUAAAUCUGAAAUACGAGUUUCUAAGCAAUAUCUGAGGCCUGUGGCUCCUUCUAUAGAUCAUGUCGACGACAAAGAUUUUCCCCCAUUCCCUCUGAGUGCAGCAAAAAGGGGACAGAAAACUCUUUGGAGCACUUUUUCUAGAAACAAACAAGUGAACAAGGAAGUCGUAAAAUCUUAAAACACAAACUGAGCCAGAAAACUCCCUUUCUGGAAGCUGCUGCCGCAUCUCCGCUCCCUUGGUCCCUGUUUUCUUCCCCUACCCCAUCAUAGCCAUCAUUCCCAUCCUGGCCAUCAUCUCCUUCCCUCCGUUGUGCUGCCCUUUCUGGCUGGAGACAGAGAGGAGCGAGUCAUUGAGAUGGAGGGAAGUGGCACUGGGCAUCCCCAGGGAUACACAUGGAAGGAGAGGCAUCCAAUGCCACUGCAACAUUGGAAGGGGAGGUUGUUAGUGGUUGGGAUUUCAUCUAAGGGAUGUCUUGCCUGUCCUCCCCAGCCCCAAAACUCUUGGGCUGAGUUUUUCUAGGGAAAUGUUUUUGCAGGUCCCUCUUUGCUUCCUGGCUGCCUUCACCAGUGGGGAGCCAAGACCUUGCAACCCAAUGCCCAAUUUCAGGCUUGCUGAGAAGCUGCUUUCUGGAGCUGUAGGCACAGAGCUGCCUCUGCUGCAAAGCACAUAUCUCCCUGUGGCUGUCUUUGCUUUCUCCCUCGUCUUGCGCUAGCUUGCAAAGCUAAUACCUCAGGGGUCUCCGUUCAUGCGUGUCUGUGUCCUGUGUCAUCCUUUAAGCAUUCUUCAUUUCUGGAGCCACUCUUUUUUUCUUUUUCUCUCUUACCUUUGUACCUCCUUUUGUUGUUCUUUUCUAUCUCUAAAUCAACUUACACAUGACAAAGAAAAAAACUAUCUCAGGUUAAACAGUGAACACAGCCCAGAGGCAUGAGGAGCUGUGAUAGAGCAAGGAAGAGCAGCUUGCUGCUCCCUGACCUCCUCUGCCUCCAUCUGGGUGCCUGAAGCUGAGACAAGCCUGUCUAGAGGUUCAUUGCUGUUUUCAACAUGUCUUUAUUCUUACUGUUUUUACAAUGAGACCAUGUUGGGGAGAUUCCACAUGCUCUCACUUGGUUCCCCAAUGUCCCUUGAGAGCACACCACCAUCCAUCACUACCUUCAACAAGCUCCUCUAACCAGCUCAGUCAUGCUGACCCAAACCAUGGAGUAGGUAGAAAGAGCAUUCCUUCUGCUGGCCUUGCAGCUGCAAGCUAACCCUAUGGUUUGAGAGGGUAGUGAUGCUAGCAAAGCUGUGCCAGGGCUUUUCAGCCUUUGCCUCCUCAGCUUUCAGCACUUACACCCCUUUAGUUAUGGCCUGCUCCGCCAACCUCAUUUAAUGACAACCUCAUUUACAAUCUACUCUUUCUGCCUGUCACUUUGGCUGUGCUUUCAUUGAAACUUGAGAAAAUUUCCCCUCCUGGCCACAAAAGGAAGAUGAAAUCAUUCUCUACCCAUCACCUCCAUCUCAAGAGCUAGGCAGCCCUUCAGGAGUUGCAUUCAUUGUAGGGUCUCCCUGCUGGGCAUUAAUUACAGAAAGAAGAUGACAAGUUGGCAUGGCGAGGCAGUGGCGAGCACUCACAUAACUCAUCCCAUUAGCUGGCAUGGUGUGUUACAAACAUACAAAAAAAAAGCAGCUGGAGUAUGUCAGGAAGGAAAAAGUGAGUGCUGUAGACAAGACUCUGAAUGUCUGAAGGGGCGGAUGCGUGGUUUUGCAUUUUGUCAUCUCUCUAGCAUGCCCUCGAUUGCUCUUCAGCUGUGCUUGAGGCUUUAGGCACUAUGGGCUCCUCUCUUCUCUGAAACCAGAGCAAAAAAAAAAACCUUUUAAGAUUCAUGUAUAGGUCAUAGUGGCCAGGAGCCAUUCAUCACCCACCUCUGCAGUCUUCUUCUGAAGUCCUUCAUGUCAAUCCUUUCCCUUUAUGUUGGGUGUGUGUGCUAGAAGUCCUCUUGUGCAAUGUUUUAAGGCAACAUCCAGAAAAUACCUUGUAUCACAGCAGCCCUGCCUGAGCUGGGGCUAUCAGUGCUAAGCCUGAGCCAUGAGGGUCACCGAGAGGCUUGCAAUUAUUGUGAGUGACUUUUCCAAUCUGCCUGAUGGACAACUUUGUUCACAAAUCAAAAGACUUGUCAUGAGGGUGGAUGUGUUGGCUGUCUUCUGACCAAGCCAUUUUAUGGGCUCUUGCAACCAGACUACUCAAUCCAAGUUUCACUGGGACCCAAAUGGUGUCCAUCCUCAUAUGAUGAGGGUGGAUUUCCUUGUAGUGGCAGAAGUGAGAGCAGGGGAGAGGUCUCUCCUUCUAAGAGAGGAACCACCAAAGCUGGUUAGGCACUGCAGCUGCCACAUGCCCUGUGGUCCAGGACACCCCACCAUGUUCACAUCUGCUUCAUCCCGGAUGCAGUGGUGGUGGUGUUGGGACUUUUGACCAUAUGAAGGAUGGACCAAACCACAGCUUUCCUUCUGGCUAGAAGGAACACCACUCCAGCCUCCUGACUGUCUCCAGGCAUGAGCCCCUCAGCUGGUUCCUUCCCAUCCAUAUUUUGGGGGCUGAGCAAACUUGGAGGGAGGGCAGUGAUCAGGUUGGCAACACCAAGCCAGAGGCUUGGGUCGGAGCAGGCUCGUCCCCAGCCUCUGUGGCAGCAUCUCCAGCCCCUGCUGCCUUCCCAGCCUUUCUCUUUGUUUGUUUCUUUGGACGUCUGUCCCUGUUUUGUCUGCCCCUUAGGAGACUGUGCCCCACAGAACCCCCUCCCACUGUCCCGUUCCCCCUACCAUUAUUAAUACUAAUGAUAAUAAGCUAUCAGUGUUGUCAUUGCAAUCUAUGAAUGAUAGAUUUAAGUAUUUAUGAUUAUUAUUAUGAUUAUUAUGGUUAUGAUUAUGUACUUUUUUGCUUCUUACUCUUUGUAUGUUGCUCCUUGUUUCUCUGUUGUGAAUAAACACAAGGCCCCAUCAGACCUUCUCUCUGCUCCCAAGCCAGAGGAGGCAAACACAGCCCCAACAGACCCUAGUCUGAAGGUUUGGAGGGUGGUGCUUUCCAAGGACAUAAAGAAACCAAACCUGGGGCAGAUCUGUUCUCUUAACUCUUCCCUUCCUUCCUGCAACUCCUCUCCCCCAUAUUGCCAUCUGUUUGCAAGAGACAGGAAUCCACCAGCAUCAGGAAUGGAGAAUUAAAUGGCAAAGCAUAAAGCAUAAAGUGUUAGCCACAAUGAGUGUUGGCUGGGUAUCCUGCUCAUAAAGGCAUCUCCUUCCAGGUCAUGGCACUCUGACCUUCUGCUGGCUGCACGCUGAGGCUGCAGCUCCACCCAGAUGGGUUUGGGUUCUACUGAUGCCUCUGGUUCACCAAUCCCCCACUCACCUCACUCAGCCAAGCCCACCCACUGGUGUUCCAUCCCAGAAAGAUGUCAUGGGCUCUCCUGGUGCCAGUGUCCUUAUGGUGCCACUGCCUCUGUCUGUCUGAGGCUGAUAAAGCAGGAUGCCAGUAAGCAGGCAGAACUUUGACCUUGUUUUAUCUAUACAUCACCUAGGCUGUUUACACAGCUGAGAGGUUUUCAGGUGGCUGUAAGGAGAAUAUUUUGCUAGGAGGAGACAUUAGGGAAAGGGAAGAGGAGCCUCAUCUGCUCCAUGGUUUGAAAUACUCUCUGUACCGUGAGCCCCAUAAAGAAUCAUCUUGAUCUGGGGACUUUAACAAUGCCCUUCCCUUUGCAGUCCUGACACGAUCAGUUCUGUCACUACUUUGCCUCCUCAUGGGCUGGGCUCGUUCCCAUCACCCUGUGCUGAACUCAUUCCCGAGGCUGCUCCAGGACCAGAGCUCAGGUCUCAGCUGCAGAGAGCCCCUGCAGAGCCUGGGGUCCCGCUCCGGCAUCACCCUUCCUACCUCACCUGUGCUUGGAUGGGGUGGGAGCAGGCAGGGCCCCUCGCACUGCAGUUCAGCUCCCGCCAGCAUCCCCACAGGAUCCAGCCCUUCCUCUGAGAGCACAACACAUGGAUGGGGUCUGCAUCCACUGCAGACACUGUGCAGGUCCUGAGCAAGGAAGAUGCUCUGGCUGCUGAUCCCGCUGUAUUCCCCCUGUUGCUGCAGGUGGGACUGAACACAGUUCAGUUCUCCCUCUUGGACUCAGAGAGACAUCCUGCCUCUGCCCCGUCUUUAUUUUAUUUAUUACCAGAGGCUGUAAGCAGCAGUGCUUCUCUACCCCCUCUUUCUUUUCCUUUCUUUUGUAUUUUGGAACAAUGUGUUGUAAUAAAUACCCAAAUAGGUGUUUUAA